AAGUACAGUACAUUUUUUCUCCCACUGUCUCGGAGCUACAGUGGACACGGUUGUCGGUAGGCUAAUAUUACAGCAACAAAGCCAACGGGAUGCAGGGUAGGCAAAUCGACUGACAAUCGCAGGAGUGAGGAUACCAGGGAGAGGGGGUUAACGGUAUUUCUCAGGUAUAGGCUGUAGAGCCUACAUGUUUUAGAACAGACAAAAAUAGAAGACAAAAGGACAAACGGGUCAUAUUUUGCUGGCUCGAAAAGUCGACUCGCUUUCAGUCUGCAACAAUGGAAUUAAGUUUUAUAUUGCCUGCUAUUCUUUUCACGCUGUUCGCUAUUAUUCUGGUGACAACAUUGUUCAGUACUAACGAUACUUCGACUGUCUCGUCCUCUGGCACUGCUGCAUCCAAAGCGUAUCACUCAGGGGAGGGAUCUUUGGCGCAGUCCGGGAGAGAGGUGGUGAAAACGGGAUUAGCUAAAUCAGGACCGUCGGUAAAUCUUACGGAGAAACAGSGGACAGCAGCAGGGCUAACCUUAACGGACAAAUCGGAGGAGGACAGUGAAUGUCGAUCUGUCGGAAAAAUAAUGGAUCCGGUGGCAGCGGACAGAAGGACAGUUGAGGAGGAGGGGCUGCCCGCUGCAGAAGUUAGGACCCAUGCUGCUCACGAGAAAAAGGUGAAAUCUGGCAUUAUGUCUGGCCAACGGUACUCGACCUCAAACACUGCCUCAGCGCCAGUGGAUAUUCCAGGUAGAGACUUUGGUCACCUACAAUUCCCUGAGGGGGGGUCGUUACUGUGCCCUUUCUCCUACCGACAGACAGGGGGUGCCACAGAGAMCCCAGAGUACAGCAACGAUAUGGAGGAAGUGGAAGUGCCAAUGAAAUACGUCCCCGGCAUGCUGCGGACCAGCCAGAUGGAGAAGAUGAUGACCAAAGAGGAGCUGGAGGAGGAACAGAGGGUGCAACGGGAGCAGCUGGCAGCCAUCUUCCAGCUGCUGAAGGAGAACCAGGAGACGUUUGGGGAGGUGUCAGAGGGAGACGUGGAGGAGCAGCUCAGACUCUACUCCAUCUGAUCCCCUACUCACACCCUACUACAACUGACUACAACAUCUGAACCCCUACUCUACUCACACCCUACUACAACUGACUACAACAUCUGAACCCCUA